AUGGCUCAGAUACGGAUUCUAAUCUUAUGUCUCUACAUAACAGGUUCUGCUCAAGCUGUGGAUCUUUCUGAGGCAUCAUUUGUCUCAGCUGAGCCUGCUGAACCUCAGUUAAAUGUAUCAGUUGUCCAAAGUCCAGCAUGGAGGUCAGUUUCUCCAGGAGAGUCGGUCACUCAGCAGUGCAUGGUCCACUCUAAGACCGGAGCAGCUGAACUCCGAGUGCUCUGCUUCUCCAAGAACAACUUCAGCCACUCUGAUGCUGGAACAUACUACUGCGCUGUGGCUGCUUGUGGGAAGAUCAUUGUUAGCAAUCAAGCAUCAGUUCAACUGAAGGGGCCUGUGGAUCCUGUUGUAAUCUUUCUGGGAGCAGCUUUGGGAGUGUGUGUGGUUGUGAUCUCUGCUGAAACCAUUAUAAUCUUUAAGAGGAGAAACAGUGACCACGGCAGUGAGAAAAAACAACAAGGUGCAUCAGCAGAGAACACAACCAAUCAGACUGCUGAGAGUCUGAAUUAUGCUCCCAUCCAUUUCAAAGAGAACAAACCCAAACCUGGACGAAUGAAGAGAGAACAGCCUGAAGACAUUGUUUACUCUCAAGUGAGAAGCUCUAAUGCUAAAGCUCAUCGGUCUCUUCGCUAGAUCUCUUUCCUGUAGUGAGCAGUAGUGAAGUUUGGGGAUGUUUUUAUUCUACUGGGAAAUUCAGAGCUGCACAUGAUCUCCAGGUUAGU